ACAAUGGGAAAAUUCUGUAGAACUAUUCGAACUCUUAAAAACCAUUCAAAAUUGAUACUAUUAAAGUAUUUUCAGCUGCCACAGCAACAUACAGCUGAUGAUUCCGUGAAAGAAGAAAAAGAAAUCUCUAUUCAAGAGUUUGAAAAACGAAAAGCGAAUUUAUUUUUGAAAAAAACAAUUAUUAUAUUUGAGCUGAUUAAUUGCAUCAAAUUGACAAAAAUAAAGAAAAAAAAAAUAAUAAAUAAAUUAUGUUUUGAACCUGAUUCAUACGUUCUGCAUCACUUUUACAAUCCAGCCCAUAAACAUUACAAUCGAAUAUUGGCCGAGCGAACUGAUGGUCAACCAUUGGAAAUGUAUUGUCACGACCGAAACUCAUAUCCACGAUCAACUAUGAUCGAUUCGGAAAUGCAAGUUAACCCACCGCAAGAAUCCGAAAUGACAUUGGAUUUUAUACCUGGUCAACGAGGCAAAUCACUUUUGUAUUUUAAUGGUUUCACAUUUGCUAAAAAUAAUGAAAGUGGUGGAACUGUGUAUUGGUGUUGUCGCAGUCGUAAAGUUGGCAAGCCAGCGUGUCGAGCGAGAAUAACGACGAGCAAACAAGAAAAUGGAUCCUAUAGAGUUGUUGUUACAACACCAUAUCACAAUCACAGUCCAUCUGUGAGAAUGUUAAAGAAAAUUGAAAAAUGUAUUAAAACGGAAAAGGUUUAAAAGUUAAAAAAAAAAGAUAAAAAUAAAAAUAAA